UAUUGUGGAAGUUUUCAUUAUCAUCAUCUGCUCCGUUAUUUCUCUGCAUAAAACCUCGAACCCACCAAUCCAUGAAUGAAAUGUAAUUAGAUUAUUCUACCUAUAUAUAUGGUCUCGCCAUUCCGGGUUUGUUUGUUGCGCUUCCCAAAUUCUUAAUUAGGCGAACUGCAAGAUAACUUAAUCCUUUGUGCAAAAAGAAUUAAUGGAAUCGAGGAUUGAAAAACAUUCACCCCAAAAGAGGCAAAAGCUUUGUGAUGACAGUGGCGAGUCUGAUAUUCCGGUCGACCGAAUCAGCAAGUUACCCGAAUCAAUCAUUUGUCACAUUUUCUCGUUCCUCCCCACAAAAACUGUGGUUGCGACAAGUUUUGUGUCCAAGAGUUGGAAAUCCUGCUGGACAAAAGUAACCAAUUUUCAUUUCGACAAUCGAACGUGGCGAAGAUCUUCAAAAGGGUACGAUGGCGAUGAUGUUCCGAGGAUGAAUUUCGUAGAGUUCGUUCACAUGGUUUUGCUGAACCACAGCCCUAACCUAUCCAUCAACAGGUUCCGUCUAAAACUUUAUAACUUUAAAUUCGAAUCCAUUUGUUUUUACACUUGGGUCAACAUCGCAAUUGCCCGGAAUCUUCGAGUUCUUGAUUUGGAUAUCGACUUUAAAGAUCACAACUUUCGCAAAGAUAAUUAUAAGUCUCAGUUACCAGGUGCACUCUACACUUGCGAGACCCUUGAAGUUUUGAAAUUGAGUGGGUUGGGAGUCUACAUCAAAGUCAUCCGCACUGUAUGUCUUCCAAAACUUACCGAUUUGGAACUGAAAAAGGUUACAUAUGAAUCGGAUGACUCUCUUCGUAAUCUGAUUCCAGGUUGUCCCCUCCUCCAAUCUUUAAGAAUCGAAAGGCAUCGCCAAGAUAACAUGGUGGUUUGUACCAUUUUUUCCCGUGUACUUAAGCAUUUUCGGUAUUUUUUUGCGACGACGACGGGGUCUAAUAAUAAUGCAGCUCUUCAUUUCAAGUUGGAAAUCGAUGCGCCUGCACUUGAAUUUAUCGACCUAACCGAUUUCGGGUCUAAGGAAAUCAUUUCACUGCAAGAAUUAAGAUGUUUGAAUGAGGUAUAUGUCCAUUCUUCGACUCCACAUAAAUCCACCAUUGGGUUACUUCAAGCUUUUCAUCAUGUGAAGAGUCUGGUGUUGUCAACCACAACUAUGUCAACACUUAUGGGAGCCAACCACAGGUUAAUUCUCGCAAGUUUCGAAAGGCUGACGAAAUUGUUCGUCCCAAUUGACUGCUGUGAUCAACUCAGAAGUGUAAUGGAUUUGAUUGAUUCUUGUGCGGCUUUAGAGAUACUCAAUAUCAUGAACAACCGAAGUGUUCAACAAAGCCAAAGCAGGAAUUGGAGAGAUCCCGAAAGUGUGCCCAAAUGCUUGUUAAACAGUGUCACAGAGUUUUCGUAUUCAGGAUUUCAAGGGCUUGAGGAUGAGAUGGCCAUGUUUAAGUUCAUCUCUAAGCAUGCUUUAUUAUUGACAAGGGUUCAUAUAACUAGCCCUCUCGGCUGGGGUCCGCGUCCCGAAGAAGAAUUUAGUUCACUUGAGAAGAUAUUUAUGCCGUCCUCGGGGCUGUACCCGGAACUUUAUGCCUCCCAACCCAUUUUUCUUCCAAAACUUACUGGUUUGGAAUUGAUACUGGUUAGAUAUGAAUCUGAGGAGGCUUUUGGUAACCUGAUUUCUGGUUGUCCACUCCUCCAGUCUCUUAUAAUUCAAAGGUUUGCCCAUGAUAGAAUGGUGGAUUGUAGGAUUUCGUCCCCUGUGCUGAAGCGUCUCGAGUACAUACGUGAAGGGAUUCGAGGACCCAAAGACGACUCUCCUCUUCAUCCUAAGGUGGACAUUGAUACACCUGCACUUGAAUGUCUCCUCAUAAAGGUGAUUCGUUCGAAGGAAAUAAUUUCUGUGGGAAGGUUAACUAGUUUGAAUGAAGUUGAUGUUGAUAUCCGGCCUAAUGCACACGAUUUGACUGUUGGAUUAAUUCAGGGCUUCGGAUGCGUGGAAGUCCUGAAAUUUUCAAGCCGAACUCUUGAAAAUCUUAUCGCAGACAACAACCAACUGUCAGCCAUAAGUUUUGAGAGACUAACCAAAUUGGUUGUGCGAAUUGAUUACUCUAAACAAUUGAGCUAUCUAAUGGAUUUGAUGGCUGGUUGUCCCUGCCUAGAGUUACUGAGCAUCACACAUGAAAGCAAAGGGCAAAUUCGCAGAAGAGAAUGGAGAGAUCCUAUAACUGUUCCCACAUGCCUGUUAACCAGUCUAACAGAACUUUACUACAGGGGAUUUCGGGGCUUAGAAGAUGAUGAGAUGGAUAUGUUUAGAUUCAUUUCAAGUCAUGCUUCCGUGAUGAAACGAGUUGUUAUAUCGCAACCCAGAAAGUGGGCUGCUCAUCCCAAAGAAAAAAGAUAUCAGACUAGUGAAGAACAUGUUCCUGUCCUCCAAAGCAUGUCCAGCUUUUAA